AUGCCAAGACGUGUUGAAGCAGUAAUUAAAGCAAAAGGUGGUGCUAUCAGCACCAAUAACAACAUGUUUUUCCGUAAGGACUCGUCUGAGCCAUUAUCAAAUUUAAAUAGCAAUGAAGAUAAUACUAGUUUUGACACUCUUGGCGAUAAUUGGAUCGAAGUGGAACAAGCAAGUAGGGUGCUUAUGUUGAUUGAUAAAAGAAUUAAAGAGAUUGGUUAUGAUGAUGAUGUAUUGACUUGUGAUGAUUGGGAAAGCAUUUUUUCUUUUUAA